UCUGCAGCUUGAUCACAGGGGUCUGAUGGGUUAAAUGGCAACCUAAGGUCUUUUACCCCCCUCCGUGCAGCAUGAUUGUCGGUCGUCUUGUGCGGUCUGCCAACUAUACAAGUAGAUCACUGAUUUCACUGAUCAGUGUUAUGUAAUAGCGGAAUAAAUUAACAUAAAAUAUAUAGAAGCCCCUCCCUCCCCUAAUAACAAUUUAAUCCCCUCCCAUAAUAAAUUGUAAACCCCUCUCCUUUUUCUUAUUGAUAGUGAAAUCAAAUAAACCUAUUUCGUAACGGAAUGUUAUGUUUAUGAUCCCGCACGAUGAUUGGCGUUAAUCCGUUUUAAUCCGUUAUGAAUAACGGACGUUAUUUUGUGACGGGAGAAUGAAGAGAAGAAAUAGCACAUGCACUAAUUCUCCCGUUAUUAUCUUCAGCCACAAAAUAACGUCUGUUAUUCAUAACGGAUUAAAAUGGAUAAUGUAAAAAUCCAAUCGACUAUAAUGGGAUUUUCAAACAGACGUUUAAUGGCCGAUUUUCAGGGUUUUCAUAACGGAACAUCAAACGGAUGAAUUUUAUAGUGGGAAAGACGCCUUACUAAUUAACUAAAUCCAUUUUAUCCCAACAGGACAUCCCAGAAAGAAAGAAACAUCAGAGAUCAUGGAGCGCUACUCAGGAGAAGAUGGAGAGAUUAUGGAGCGCCCCUCAGGAGAAGAUGGAGAGAUCAUGGAGCGCUACUCAGGACAAGAUGGAGAGAUCAUGGAGCGCCCCUCAGGAGAAGAUGGAGAGAUCAUGGAGCGCUCCUCAGGAGAAGAUGGAGAGAUCAUGGAGCGCUGCUCAGGAGAAGAUGGAGAGAUCAUGGAGCGCUCCUCAGGAGAAGAUGGAGAGAUCAUGGAGCGCUCCUCAGGAGAAGAUGGAGAGAUCAUGGAGCGCUCCUCAGGAGAAGAUGGAGAGAUCAUGGAGCGCUCCUCAGGACAAGAUGGAGAGAUCAUGGAGCGCUCCUCAGGACAAGAUGGAGAGAUCAUGGAGCGCUACUCAGGAGAAGAUGGAGAGAUCAUGGAGCGCUACUCAGGAGAAGAUGGAGAGAUCAUGGAGCGCUCCUCAGGACAAGAUGGAGAGAUCAUGGAGCGCUGCUCAGGAGAAGAUGGAGAGAUCAUGGAGCGCUCCUCAGGAGAAGAUGGAGAGAUCAUUGAGCGCUCCUCAGGAGAAGAUGGAGAGAUCAUGGAGCGCUCCUCAGGACAAGAUGGAGAGAUCAUGGAGCGCUCCUCAGGACAAGAUGGAGAGAUCAUGGAGCGCUACUCAGGAGAAGAUGGAGAGAUCAUGGAGCGCUACUCAGGAGAAGAUGGAGAGAUCAUGGAGCGCUCCUCAGGACAAGAUGGAGAGAUCAUGGAGCGCUGCUCAGGAGAAGAUGGAGAGAUCAUGGAGCGCUCCUCAGGAGAAGAUGGAGAGAUCAUUGAGCGCUCCUCAGGAGAAGACCUCCUUACCCCUAAUGUCCAUCCAGAUCUAUCAUAUAAUAAUCCCCCUGAUCAUGUGGAACCUUCUCCUCACCAACCCCAAAUUGUUACCACAAGGACAAGUCAGAAAGAGGGGAAAAGGAUCCAAUGUGAUGAAUGUGGGAAACAGUUUAAAAAAAGAGCAGAUCUUGUUACACACAGAAGAAGUCACUUAAGAAAGAAGCCAUAUUCAUGUUCAGAAUGUGGAAAAUGUUUUAAAUCUAAAUCAGAGGUUGUUAUACAUCAGAGAAGUCACACAGGAGAGAAGCCAUAUUCAUGUUCAGAAUGUGGAAAAUGCUUUUCGCAAAAAUCACUGCUUGAUACACAUAAGAGAACUCACACAGGAGAGAAGCCAUAUUCAUGUUCAGAAUGUGGGAAAUGUUUUAUACAGAAAUCACUUCUUAAUAGACAUGAAAUAAUUCACACAGAAGAAAAGCCAUAUUCAUGUUCAGAAUGUGAAAAAUGUUUUAAUUCUAAAUCACAGCUUGUUGUACAUGAGAGAAGUCACACAGGAGAGAAGCCAUAUUCAUGUUUAGAAUGUGGGAAAUGUUUUAGACAGAAAUCACAUCUUAUUAAACAUGAGAGAAUUCACACAGGAGAGAAGCCGUAUUCAUGUUCAGAAUGUGGUAAAUGUUUUACAACUUCAUCAAAGCUUGCUAGACAUGAGAGAAUUCACACAGGAGAGAAGCCAUAUUCAUGUUCAGAAUGUGGGAAACACUUUGGUCAGAAAGUAGAUCUUGUUAAACAUGAGAGAAUUCACACAGGAGAGAAGCCGUAUUCAUGCUCAGAAUGUGGGAAAUGUUUUAAACAGAAAGUAAAUCUCGUUACACAUGAGAGGAUUCACACAGGAGAGGAGCCAUAUUCAUGUUCAGAAUGUGGGAAAUGUUUUAAACAAAAAUCAUCUCUUGUUAUACAUCAGAGAAGUCACACAGGAGUGAAGCCAUAUUCAUGUUCAGAAUGUGGGAAAUGCUUUACAAAUAAAUCAAAUCUUGUUACACAUGAGAGAAUUCACACAGGAGAGAAGUCAUAUUCAUGUUCAGAAUGUGGGAAAUGUUUUACAACUAAAUCAUAUCUUGUUAUACAUCAGUGAAGUCACACAGGAGAGACAGCAUAUUCAUGUUCAGAAUGUGGGAAAUGUUUUUCAAGUGCAUCAAAUCUCGUUACACAUGAGAGAAUUCACACAGGAGAGGAGCCAUAUUCAUGUUCAGAAUGUGGGAAAUGUUUUAAACAAAAAUCAUCUCUUGUUAUACAUCAGAGAAGUCACACAGGAGAGAAGCCAUAUUCAUGUUCAGAAUGUGGGAAAUGUUUUAAGCAGAAAUCAAAUCUUAUUACCCAUGAGAGAAUUCACACAAGAGAGAAGCCAUAGUAAUUUUAUGAUUGGGUGAAAUGACGAGGAUAUCCUAUCACAGAGGAUAAACCAGGUUCUUGUUUGGAAUGUGUGAAAGUAUUUACACCCCUGGGACCGCCCACAGUCCAUCAGUUCUAAUGCUAUAAAGCAUAGGAGGGCGGAGUCUAUAAUACAAGAUGAUAGCAUUAUAUUAGGGGUUUCCGAUGAUUCUUUAGGGUCAGGGAUUGUAUAGGGAGAUGGAGGGUCCGAUCCCUAUAUAACCCCGGGGUGAUUUGUAGUAAUAACCGUCCCGUUCCUGGUGUGUGGGUGUGUUUGCACACCUGUGAGGGGAGAUGAGUGCGAUACGUGUGAACUCCUCACAUCUUACAGCUUUAUACACUUAGUUUGCAGUAGACGUCUCUUGAAUAUUCAUCUUUGUUCCUUCUAGUCUGUGAUGUAAAGUUGUAGGAAGACGCCUGUAUUAUCAUUAUGUGCUAUAUAUCUAUAUACACAAACUCCUUCCUGAUGAUUAACCCCUAAUGUGCUGGGGAUGUAGUUCAGCCUAUAGUCAGGUGAAGUCAUUUGUGAUUGUCAGGAAGGUUUUACCUUCAGCCUAUGUUCAUAUGUAGACGCUGACUAAGACCACUGUGCACCCGAAACCCGUCAGUCUUUUCCUGUCUAUUCAUGCUGCCCGAGUGUAUUUUAUUAUCUUCUAAAUAAAGGAUUGAAUUGUAAGGAAUUUCAUUACUUGUGUGAUGUCUACAGCGCAUAAUGAUUAGAUACAGAUUAGAUACAUCAUGGAGAGAAGA